CUUAACUCUUCUAUUUCAAAACAAUUAUCAAAACCCUAGAUACUCCACUCCACAGCCGACCUGCUUCACUUCUUCCCCACAACGAUCUCGAGCAGCAGCGACAUCUCCACAGCAGUGACCUCCAGCGACACCUCCAUCGAGAUCUCCACAGCAGCCGUCACAUCCACAGCAGAUCCAGUCUUCCUUCCUUGUCAAUCCCCCAAAUCUCCCAUGGCAAACGCUUGGAAGAAAUACAAAUCCAACAAACUCACCACCCCCAAACUCCUCUUCCUCUUAACCUCCACCUCCCUGAUCCUCCUCACCUUCUUCUACCUCACCGCCCCACCCACCCCCUUCUUCAACCCCACCUCACCCAUCCACCCCUUCAACUACACCAACACCCCUCAACCCCACCCCAUCAUAGCCAACCAAGUUGAAGGCCUCAAACACCCAUUCAUCUACUCCCUUUCCGAUUUCGGCUCCCUACCCGAUAAACCCCACAAGAACAUUGUCCGGAUGCUCAAAGGCAAAUUGUUUAGGAGACCCGAUAUUUCGGUUACCGUCCAGGACUUGCUGGACAAGAUGAGGGCUGAAGGGAGGACCGGGGCUUUCGUCGAUGUGGGAGCGAAUGUGGGUAUGGCCACAUUCGCUGCUGCGGUGAUGGGGUUUCGGGUUUAUGCAUUUGAACCGGUGUUGGAGAAUUUGCAGAGUGUUUGUAAUGGGAUUUAUUUUAAUCGGGUUGGGGAUUUGGUCAGGCUUUUUGAAGCUGCUACUUCUGAUCGGCUUGGGAAUAUCACAUUUCAUAAGUUGGUUGGACGGCUAGACAACAGUGCGGUUUCAGCGGCUGGUGCGAAGCUGGCUUUUAAAUCAAAUGAAGAAGUUGAACUUCAAGUAAGAUCGGUUCUGCUUGAUCUAGUGAUCCCCGAGACAGAACGCGUUCUACUUUUGAAAAUCGAUGUGCAGGGUUGGGAGUAUCACGUGUUAAAAGGAGCGAAAAAGUUGCUGUCGAGAAAGAAAGGUGAAGCUCCGUACUUGAUCUAUGAGGAAGAUGAAAGACUCCUGCAAGCUAGCAACAGCAGCUCGACAGAGAUCCGGAAGUUUCUUGGUGGCCUUGGAUACACUCACUGUGUGCAGAAAGGUACCGAUGCUCAUUGCACUAAGUAAAGAUUAGUUGCGGAAUUUAUAGUUGUUUUCACGGUUUGUUAUCACUUUGAUUCGGUUGAAUGAAAUUCCAAAGACGCAUAAAUGAAUGAAAUUCCAAAGACGCAUCCCGUGCAUGAUGCGUCGCUCCAAGGACGCAUGAGGUGACCAAAUCUGAAAGUGGUUUUGAUCAAUGGCCAUUUUUAUAAUUUCCCAUUUUUGAAGUGCUUGAGUUUUAAUUUAAUGAUCUAGAGGAGCUGCAAAAGACCCCACACGGGUUGUAAUUCCAAGUUUGUGUCUAAACUAGAGGUUGUCCUGCCGCCGCGUUGCGGAGGGGUUUUAAGCCAAAUUGCCUUUUGAGCAUCAAUGUGUACAAAUCAUGAGUACAAUUUUUUUAGAACAGAAAGUUCAGAAAAAAGGCAAACAUGCCUUCCAACAAAACUACAUAGUACAAAGAGGGUCAAAAAGCCGGUUGUUCCAGCUCCAA